AUGCGGUUUCGAGCCCAAUUGAGAGAUACCAGAGUAUUCUCCAAACUCACCGCUUCCUUGUCGUCGUUGGGCAAGGUAUGCUGGAUGCGCCUGGAAUAUGAGGUGAUCCGCUUCACCAUCAUCCCCGACCAAGGCACGCAAGUGUGGGCAACAAUCCCAGUUGGAACAAUAUUCGACGACUCAACAUACGAGCUCGAAUCCAAUUCCGACGCAAUCAACCUAGAAAUCAACGUCAGCGUACUCAACCGCGCCUUACGCUCAGCAUGGGGCGCAUCAACCUCCCAACUGCGCCUAACAAAGAAAGACAAAACUCCAAUCUUAGCACUAACAGUCCUCUCUUCCGAGUGGACAGAAGGAAACAUGGCCUUAACCACAACCGAUGAAGCCGAAGGUGACCCAGAUCGACCACUUCAGACCCCAAGCGAAACAAUAGGCGAAAGAGGACCACGAGAACGACAAACAUACAUAACCCAGGAAAUCCCUAUCAAGAUCCUCCACGAAGUCGCAGUUGAAGGUCUCCACGAGCCACACUGCCCAGACCCAGAAGUCCAUAUCAUCCUCCCAAACCUAUCCCACCUAAAAAGCAUCUCAGACCGCUUCACCAAAUUGGCCUCAUCAGAUUCCAAGAGCCACCAACCCGGCGUGAUGGCAGCAGAGGCACCGGGGAUGCACACAACCUCCUUCGGCGGCGAAAACGACAAAACCAGCGCGACGACAUUAUCCACGAACAACGCGCCAAAACUAGAAUUAUCAGCUAAUAUGCACGGCUCGCUUCGGCUAGCCAUAGCCACGGAUGAGAUCCGUAUUGCAAGUGUCUGGUCUGAUCUUGUUAACCCUCCGCUAGCGGCUGGGCAGAUGACGCAGGAGGAGAUAUCUCAGCUUCCUAGUGAGCGGAAUCGGAUGCGGGAUGCCGACGGAGAUGAGGAGGGAUGGGCUAAGGUGCGGAUUGAUGGGAGAGAUUGGAGUCGGGUGCUUAGUAUUGGGCGACUUAGUCCGAAGGUUGUCGCUUGUUUUAUCAAUGAGAUGGCUUUGGUGCUCUAUGUUUAUUUGCCAGGCAGCUGGAAUGGGGAGGAAUCUUGUCUAACAUAUUAUAUCAACUCUUUUACGACGUGAUCUGCGUUGGUCUUCAAGUCAAUAGAAUCUUGAUCUAUAUAUCUAAAGCACCUUUGGUACGCUCUUUGACCGCAUUCUAUGAGUGAAUCUGCG